CUGUACUGCCCGUCAGUCUCCAGUCCGGUGCGGUGGAAUGCGGUUGCGUCCGCAUUUUCUUAGCGAGUCGCGCGUCUUUCAUUCAUUCAUCUAGUGUUUCGGCAAUAGCGUUCCUUGCUCGUCGGGUAUAUCCCUCGUAUGAUCUACAUACAAGUUAGACGGCCUAACUGGUAACCGCGAGUAAUGUGCAGGCCCAGGGCCACGGUGAUUCGGAGUACGUUGCCCGUGUGAACAAUGGACUUUGCUGUUUCGUGCACAAAGGACGGGUAGAAAGUGAGUGAGUAUAGUGGCAAGAUGGCGGACUCGAGCUAUUAUCAGGGUGAUUACAUCAGGCAUCCCGUUCUUUACGAAUUGUCCAAUAAAUAUGGAGUGGCCGGUAGCGACCAGGUGCCCUUGCCGGCUCGUCUCGACGAGCUCCGGGAACAUAUACGUCGCGAGAUACGCAAGGAACUGAAGAUCAAGGCGGGUGCGGAGAAGCUGCGCGAAGUAGCCACGGACCGGAAGGCACUCUCAAACGUGGCGAUGAUCGUCAAGAAGGCAAACAGCAAGUUGAACGAAUUGCAGGCUGAGCUUCAGCAGCUGGAGAGUCAGAUAAUCCUGACCCAGGGUCAACCCGCCUCCCCGCAACAGAAUCAUUCGAAUGGACAAGACACGCCACUGUCACCGAUGGGUUCCUUGUCUCCCAGCCAGGACGGUCUCUUCACGGACCUUCGAUUACUUUCCCUGGAGAAGCAACUGAACAUCGAACUGAAGGUCAAGCAAGGAGCUGAGAACAUGAUACAGAGCUUGACCAGCGGUCACAGGGACAAGAAACUCCUUCAGGAGGCGCAGCAGAUGCUCGAUGAUUCCCGCGCUAAAAUUGAAUUUCUGCGCAUGCGCAUAAGGAAAGUGCGCCAGGCACGCCAGCAGCAACAUGCGAGAGGCGACGGACCUCCGCCCAAUGGCGAAACCACUGGUAACAAAGAUAAGUACGAGCCCAGCCUGGAACUCGCACUGGAGGAGAGAGUCGAGGAACUGCGACAUAGACUGCGAAUCGAAGCGGCCGUCGUGGAAGGAGCCAAGAAUGUCAUUCGUUUACUCCAGAGUGCCAAAGUUGCCGAUAAGAAGGCCCUGACGGAGGCUCAAGCAAGUCUCGCGGAGUCCAGUCGAAAGUUGGACUUACUCAGACUAUCCCUGGAACUUCGAAGACAGGAGCUGCCACCAGAUAGCUCCACUGCGGCUCAGCUUAAACGAGAAUUGGCAAGUGUUCAGGCAGCCAGUCCUGUUCCUGUAACUUAUACAUCACUGCAACCAUUUCGUGGACCCCUCGAAGGCAGAGCAACUGUUCCGGCAUCCGUUUCGAGAUGCGCCGCGGUCACUGGACAACUGGAGGUAAGAUUGAUGGGAUGCCAAGAUCUUGCGGAAGAGGUACCUGGACGCACGAGAAGAGAACAUCCAGCCAGUCCGGAUUUACGGAGUUUUGUCAAGGGAGUCACUGGCCGUAGCUCCAGCAAGUCUUACAGCGUCAAGGAUGAAACGAGCAACGACAUUAUGGCGGUUAUUAAACUGGAUAAUCAGACGGUGGCACAAACUAGUUGGCGACCAUGCUCCCAGCAGGCUUGGGAUCAAAGGUUCUCUUUCGAAUUGGACAAGUCGAGAGAACUGGAAAUAGGCAUUUAUUGGAAGGACUGGAGAUCGCUCUGCGCUGUUAAGUUUUUACGUCUGGAGGAGUUCAUUGACGACGUCCGACAUGGAAUGGCCUUGCAACUGGAACCGCAGGGGUUGCUGUUUGCUGAAAUAAAAUUCCUCAAUCCCAUGAUUUCAAGGAAACCGAAGCUGCAGCGUCAGCGUAAGAUUUUCAAACAGCAAGUUAAGAACUUCCCGCGAGCCAACCAAAUGAACAUCAAUGUCGCCACCUGGGGCAGGCUUCUCAAACGUUCUGCACCCUCGUUACAUAAUACAAGAAAUUCCGAAAGUCCACCAUCAGGACCUCAACCGCUUCAACUUGUUUUCGAUACGACGAUAGAGGAUAAGCCAGAAACACCUGGUGAAUCGCCGGAUCCUGAAAAGGGAGGAUUGGGCGGUGCUCGUCCAUUGGGAAUGCUAACUACCACCGGAAGUCCUGUACUUCCACAUCCUCCUGAUCAUCCUCCUCCGCCACCGCCAUCCCUCACGAAGAAACCCUCUAUGCCAGCACCUUCAACAGCACCAAAAUUGGAUCAAGAGUUGCAGAGUGCAUUAAGGGAGUUUGAUUUCCUGCACAACGAGGAGAAGGUGGGGUCCCAGGGUGCAAUUUUGAGGCCCCUCGUCACGGAGCCCCGCCCUGUGCUGAUCGCACCACCCUCUCCGCGCACACCCUCGCCCCAACCUGUCGUCGAGUUUCCCGAGGAUGAGGUGGUGUACGAAUUGCCAGCUAGGCCUCAUCAAUACAGAGACAGUGCCUACGAGUCAAGAAGACACUCUCAGCUGACUGGAAUGACCCUGGAGAACUUCAGACUGCUCUCCGUACUUGGCCGGGGUCAUUUUGGCAAAGUCAUACUGUCCCAGUACAGAAACACCGGCGAGUACUUUGCCAUCAAGGCACUGAAGAAGGGAGACAUCAUAGCGAGGGACGAGGUCGAGUCUUUGCUGUCUGAGAAGAGGAUAUUCGAAGUCGCCAACGCCACUCGUCAUCCCUUCCUGGUCAAUUUGUUUGCCUGCUUUCAAACUGAGGCGCAUGUUUGUUUUGUCAUGGAAUAUGCUGCUGGCGGUGACCUUAUGAUGCACAUACACGCGGAUGUAUUCGGCGAGCCGCGCGCUGUCUUCUACUCGGCUUGCGUUGUGCUGGGUUUACAAUAUUUGCACGAAAGUCGUAUUAUCUACAGGGACUUGAAGCUGGAUAAUCUUUUACUUGAUACCGAAGGCUACGUCAAGAUAGCUGACUUUGGAUUGUGCAAGGAAGGUAUGGGCUAUGGAGAUAGAACGGGAACGUUCUGUGGUACUCCGGAGUUCCUUGCACCGGAAGUUCUCACUGAGACUUCCUAUACGCGUGCAGUAGAUUGGUGGGGACUCGGAGUACUGGUAUUCGAGAUGCUUGUUGGAGAGUCUCCAUUCCCUGGUGAUGACGAAGAAGAAGUCUUUGAUUCCAUUGUUAACGAUGAAGUUCGCUAUCCACGAUACCUUUCAUUGGAAGCCAUAGCGAUUAUGAGAAGAUUACUUAGAAAGAAUCCGGACAGAAGAUUAGGUAGCAGCGAGAGAGACGCCGAGGAUGUUAAAAAACAAGCAUUCUUCAGACAUAUCGCUUGGGACGAUUUACUAUUGAGACGCGUCAAGCCGCCAUUUGUACCGGUGAUCCAUUCGGUAGAGGAUGUCAGCAACUUUGACGAAGAAUUCACAUCGGAAAAACCUCAUUUGACGCCUCCCAAAGAUCCUCGACCACUCAAUGAACUUGAACAGAGUCUGUUUAGAGACUUUACAUAUAUGGCCGAUUGGUGCUAGCCACGAAGAUGAAACUGAUCUGUCUAUGCCCGGUUCAGUUUAGUGUUCAUUUUGACUUAAGGAGUCAUUCAUUUUCGCAGAUUGUUCUUUCGCACUGGAUUUUGUUUCGCUUUCGUAUAGCUAAUUCCAACGCAGUUGUCCACGGGAACUCGUUUAUUGUCGAAAAGAUGCGCGUAAUCAUUUUUACAUGAUCAUCGAUUGUUUCUAUAUUUAUUGAUUUUCUUUUAUUGCCGUGAACUUUGCGGCAUUUCAAAAAGAUACGUUUUCAAAGUAUCAUAUAUUUCGUACGGUAAUCUGAAAUAUCGUCGAAUCACCCAAAAAGCAUGUUUUAUGGGUAAUAUUAAAGUUUAAGAAAUUUACGUGAUUCUAUCACUCUGCGGGAUUUUCAUUACUUGAAAAUUGUUUGUUAAUUAUUUGCGGUCUUUUCCCUAAUCGUUGUUUACUAGUGGAAUUGAAGGUCGCUCACGAGAGAACGAAAAGAUGGCAGGAUAGAAAAUGGAAUGAGAAAACGUAGUUCCGUUUAACGCGCAUAAUUUAUUUACAUCUUGCAUUUUAUUUCCUUUUAAUUUUGCGUCGUCGCUCUAAUAUCUCUUAACUUUGUUGCAUUGCGACUAUUAGUUAUUUUGUAAAGGAAAGGAUGCCUCUAUUCACGAAUUAUCGAGGAAUCAUGAAUUUUUACAUUUUAUAGGAAAAAGGCAUUGAAACCAUCGUUUUGAUACUAACCAGAACAAUUUUCUAACCAGGGUCAUUUGUCAGUUUAAAAAAGAACUCAUGUUGACAUCUGAUGUCAUUAAAAUCUAUCGUAAUUCAAAAUAUUUCGUGACAACUUUGUGUCUUUAAUGAGAAUCAUUUGAAGUGUUUUUGAUUGUACGUCGUCAUUACGAUGUCUAGGAUAAUGAGACUUUUAAUUGAGACACGUGAAAUUCACAGCAUGUCAAGCGAAUCAAAAGGGAAAGAUAACUUAUAGCUGUAUUUGCUCAUAUUCAUGUGAUAACCGACGGAAACCGGAAACGGAGGUUUACAGCGUUUACAGUGUCUCUGUUUUGCAUAAAAACAUAGUUAACAUUUAAUGCUUCAAUUAUAUUAAUGACAAGCAAUAUUGCAUAUUAGGUAUCCAAUUUUUCAUUGAUAAUAAUAGUUUCUAUACAUUUUACAGAUUAUCUGGAAAUUUACGUUUCGAUAGUCCCCUCAUAUAUAUACUGUCCAAAUUUUGAUUCCACUUUCGGUUACACAUAAUUUCUUAGUUCUUCUUGCUAUGUUGUAUAUUAUUGAUUGAACUACUUCCUAAUCAUAGCUCUGAUCUCGCGAAUGGUAAGUAACGAUGAGACUAAGUCCUCAUUUUUGUUUUACCAUCAUUUUUGCUCUAUGGCUAAUUGAAAAUCUCCAUUAUAAUCACAUCACAUAAUUAAGUAAUUGCUAUGGAAAAUGGAAUCAGAACUGGAUAUGGCAUUUUUUUAUUUAGAAGAAUGCGUUUGGGUAGUGAUCGACAGCAAUCAACUGUAUUUGGCAAAUCCAAUUGUUUUGAUGCGAAGAAACAAUUUGGAUCUUUCGAGUGAGAGAAAUAACUGAACUGUUUGUGAUAGUUUCGAGUACACCUCGAGUUCUCGUUGCCUUAUUGCACUAAUAAAUUAAUACAGUGGUGGAAAAAAAUACAAAGUGUACUGUUUGGUAUCUAUUUUCUAAUGAGAUUUUAUAAUAUCACAAAUUAAUACAGUCUUCGGAAUCAGUAGGUGCUGGACGUUAAAUAAACAAUCUUGACGUGCCUAUUUUCAAGUAAACAAAUGUUUAAAAAAAACUCUAAUGAUUCUUGUUCUUGAAUUUUUCUUUUUUUAAGGUCUCAAUUUUAUUGUUUUAAAGAAGAACGAAAGACAAUGAAUGCACAGUGUGAAUGUAAUUUAAGGAAAUGAUGAAGAAAUGAGGUGAAAAAUGUGAGGAAUCAAAAUUAUAUCAGUGCCAUUGGCUGAAGGAAGGUUUGAUACAUUAUUAUUCCAAUGAUGAUUGAUUGCUACUGUAUUAUUAAAAUUGAUUGUAUAGACGAAUAGUUGAUGGAUAAUCAUUCUAUAAGAAUUUAACGAACAGUCGCGCUGCGUUCAAAGGCGCCGAAUCGAAUUCUUUACUGACCUAAAUAUACUUUAUUUAAAAAUCAAUAGUCUGGACAAGAAUCGAUCCGUUUACUUUCAUGUCUUUCAACUGCCAAGACGUAAGAUAUUUGAUGAUGCACGUGACAUGUGGAACGGCUUGAUUAGCGAAAUAACAUUCGGUUAGAAUGAAUACGUAUUUGUUAUUGUCAAUUUUUGUAUGACUCAAAAUUCUUGCUCACGAGGUGAAAGUUAUUUUUUCUCUUAUCCCAGGAUGAUUGUAAAACAAAAGAAUAUCAUGAUGUCAAAUUAUAAUACUGUUUAUAUAAUUCUUUAAGGAUAACCACUGUAAUGUUCAUUUUAUUGUCAUUGUCACUUCAUCAUUCUUAUCUGUUAUGAAAUUUGGAGCGUAACGUUACGCCCUGACGAUAUGGAAGGCAAUGAUAACAAUUUUUGGAUUUAUAAUACAAUUUGUAAGGUGUAUAUAAUACUUGAAAUAUCGAAUGAAACAGUUAAUUGUGUAGAUAGUUAUAUGAUUAUUAGUUCUUCAAAGUAGAUACCUUUAUUAGUUUAAAAAUUUCGUUACUCAACUUUUAUAUAUACCUAUGAUUAUAUAUCGCAAACUAAGUUUAAACGUAGAAUGUGUCUGGUAUUUCAUGCAUUCAUCCAUGUUUAUCAUUAUUCUUACAAGGAAACUGUACGUGCCUCAUACUCUUAUAGUAUAUAUAUAUAUAUACACACACACACACACACACACACACACACACACACACACACACACAUACUAAGCAACUAAUAACCACGAUGCCUACGUGAUGAUUUUUAAGUAUUAAUUUAUUUGAUACGUGUAAUUGCAGUGGCAGCUUAUUACAAGAAUUAUUCUAAAUAAUUAAACAUUUCUUAGUGAUAAUAACAUCCAAAUUUAUGAUCUUAUAUACUAAAGGAAAAUUAUUUCAAACAAUAAAUAUUUUAAAAAUUGACAAUGCA